AUGAAAGCUAAUACAAAUAGGAUUGUGAACUUGAAUGGUUCUAAUUAUCAAGUUUGGAGAGGCAAGAUGGAAGACCUUCUUUAUGUCAAGGAUUAUUAUAUGCAUGUGUUUAAUACUGAAAAAACUGAAGAUAAAACAGAUGCAGAGUGGAAUAUUUUGCAUAGAAAGGUUUGUAGGUAUAUUCGACAAUGGGUUGAUGAUAAUGAUUUGAACCAUAUUAGCGCGGAGACUCAUGCUCGUACUUUGCGGAACAAGCUUGAGCAGUUGUAUGCUCGGAAGAUCGGGAACAAUAAAUUUUUCUUGAUUAAGCAGUUGAUUGGCUUGAAGUACCAUGAUGUAAAUCCUAUUAGUGAUCAUUUGAAUUCUUUCCAGUGA